CAGAGACCGGGCAUCGACCUCCGUUGCGAGAGAUGCGGGAGGCAGAGCACGGCCGGUUAUGUCGAGUUGCGACGCCCCGGGGCUCGCGAUCCGAGGGCGCACAAUGUCCCAGGUGGGGGCCACAAUUCAGGGGCCAUGCAUGUCCUGCCUCAAUUCAUUGCACGCGCGCAUGACGCGAUCAAAAUGUGUGCAUUCUAUCCAGGUGACUGUCCCGCGAUUCGAGCGCAGGCUGCCCCCCCACGCAGCGCAGAGGUUAAGCUGCGAUCUGUGAUUGCUUCUUGGAUGUGAUUGAGGCAUUUCAAUGGUUACCCGGCACAUGUGACAAACAGCCAUUCUGCGCUUACAAGAGCACCCGUCCAGUGCAACUGCUUUGGCCGCCCUCCAGAAGCCCACGCCUCGUUCCGCUCGCAUCCACUCAGCCGGGGCCCGUUCACCCGCGAGAGCUAUGCCGUGGUUCCCCGCUGAUGCCAGCGGUGAACGGCCCCGAGAACGAUGCACACUGUGUGAAAGCUGACGCGAACGCAUCUUUCCAGCUGGUUUUCUGAGCUGAUCUCGCUCAAUUCUGCCGAUCAUGGCCCUUUCCGCCCGCACAGUCACUGGAAUUUGGCGACGGUCGCUAGAUGUUGCUACGUAGCCAUGCCUCCCCGCAGAUGUAGUCUUUUUGUGGACCUGUGCUCACACGGAGGCGCCAAAGUCGGCUGACGGAUAAAACGAGAAUAAGCAGCCGGUCGCUCUGCGGAUCAGACGACUCGUUGU